AUGUCAUCCCUACACUUAAACAUACUAUCUACUCUUUCUCCAACUCGGUCUAGCUUUGGAGGAAGUAAACCACCUACACCAGUAGGAGGAGAAGAAGAAAUCGAUACUUUAGCUCGUGAAUCAGAUGUUAUAGUUUCAUCUACCAAUAUAACCCUGAAUCCAGAAUAUAAAGGGUUUUUCGUAUACGUCCUAACUGCUAUUGGGUUAGGCUGUUAUAUUGCAUGGACUAUCCUUCCUGAACUGGUGUUACAGAAUCAAUUAUCAAUCUAUUAUUAUCCUGAUAAAUAUUGGUCUUUGGCUAUACCAGCUUAUUCAUUGAUGUCAAUGUUAUUCAUGUACAUAUUCCUUGCAUUGUAUAUUACUGAGGUUAAAACAUUACCCUUGGAUGAUAUAAGAAACUUUGUUGAUGACUACUCUACCACUCCAGGUCUAUCUAAAGGUUUAGACCCAUCUGCUAGUAUUGAUGCCUCUAUAGAUUACAUUCAUAAGGCACCUAGUGGAGUUUGGGAUUUACCAAUUACUCUAGUCAAUGAAGUCUUAUACACUAAUGAUGAAGAUAACGAUGAUGAUAAUAAAAAUUAA